CCGAUAUAAACACUACAGCUCAGUGAGGAAACUCAACUGUCCAGCCUCGUUGGGGAACCAACACGAGGCACCGCGGGGAUUUUAAUAUAUAGAGAGAGGAAGAGAUGGCACAGACCGACAGUCAAAGCUCAACUUCUUUCCCCGACAUAGUGGAGCUGAACGUGGGCGGCCAGGUGUAUGUGACCAGGCUGCAAACUCUGACGGCGGUGCCCAACUCCCUGCUGUGGACCAAGUUCGGCCAGGGCUCCCCGGGCGACCUGCCCACGGACAGCAAGGGCCGCUUCUUCGUCGACCGCGACGGCUUCCUGUUCCGCUACAUCCUGGACUACCUGCGGGACUCCGAGCUGUCGCUGCCCGAGUUCUUCAAGGAGCGCAGGCGGCUGCAGAAGGAGGCGGACUUCUUCCGGCUGCCGGGGCUCUCCGGGCGCCUGGCGGCGGCCGGCGGCGGCGGCGGCUCGUGCGCGGAGGACGGCGGCGGCGAGCCGGAGGAGGCUGAGCCCGGCAGCCCGGUCACCACCACCGCCGCCGCCUCCACCUCCUCCUCCUCCUCCUCCUCCUCGGAGCGGACGCUGCGCUCCCCCGGCGCCGACUCCGGCUACAUCACCGUGGGCUACAGGGGCAGCUACACCAUCGGCAGGGACAUCCAGGCGGACGCCAAGUUCCGCCGGGUGGCCCGGAUCACGGUGUGCGGCAAGAUCUCGCUGGCCAAGGAGGUGUUCGGCGACACCCUGAACGAGAGCCGCGACCCGGACCGGCCGCCGGACAAGUACACGUCCCGGUACUACCUCAAGUACAACUUCCUGGAGCAGGCGUUCGACCGGCUGGCGGCGGCCGGGUUCCGCAUGGUGGCGUGCAGCUCCACCGGGACGUGCUCGUACGGCGGGAACGACCCGGCGGGCGACGACAGACUGUGGACGAGCUACACCGAGUACGUGUUCUCCCGCUGAGCGCGCGCACGAGGCGGACUCGAGCGCGCGCCCCCAACGCGCCCGUGUCGGUCCCUGUCUCUGCCCCGCGGCCUCGGGUCGCGGCUGAACUGAGCCCGUGUGCCGUGGUUCUCCUCUGCUCUGCGACUGACCUUCUGACCCCGAGCUCCCACACAAUAGAUCUCAUUGGUUAGUGAGGAGUUGUUGUUGUUGUUUUUUUUUUGUAAAUGAAUUCAAAAUGACUUCCUCGAUAUGCCACUGGACCCGUCACUUGUGUGGCCUCCUAUCGUCUAAUGUGUUUCACAAAGACUCUGUUGUUCCUGUCUCUGAAAUGGUUGGAGCCGGUGUCACGUUAUACAGUCGUAAAGAGGCUGCUGAGGCUCUGAAUCUGGUCAAUAACCAUGGAGGACACAUUGUCUUAUAAUAACCCUGAUGUUUGGUCUGGUUCUGACCCGCAGCCCCUCCGAUUCCCCCCACACGACCUGAAGGAGGAGAAUUGUUUGUUGGGGGGAGCUGGUGAUCAAGGAAAACGGCUCAAUGUUCUGUGGAAAUGAUCAUUUUACGUACGCUAUUAGUUUCAGAUUCAAUUUUUGUUUGUUUUGGGGGUUGUUGUUUUUUUCAUGUUGACCACACAUCAUCACUGCUUUUAGACACACACCGUGGGACUUUGACACAGGGUUGUGUUGUUAUGUGCCAUCUGUGAGCUGUAAUAGGUUUCUUUUCUCCUUUAAAUAUAAAGCUACAACAAAUAAAGACUGAGAUAUGUAA